AUGUCGACUCCGAAUAGCAGACAGAAGCGGAAGAAUUACCCACCAAUACCAACACCAAAUAGAGCGCGAGAGCCACCAACGCCGUCACGUCGUACACCCCGUGGAACGCGUAUUUUACCUCCUCAAAGGACUCAACAAACUCCAAAUGCAGGCGCAACGACGAGUACGCGGCCGAAACCUGAAAGAGAGACUCCUAGAAGUUUAUUAAGGCAACUUACGAAAGCACCUGGUGUACCUAGACCUUCCCCUCCUGUAACAGUAGAGCAACCAGAAGUACGAACACCAUCAAGCAAUAGAGAAAGCUCAAGUCAUAAUGCUAAUGUACUCUCCAAAUCUACCAGAUCAGGAGAACGUGAAAAUCGUCAUGUCACACCGCAAGGCAGGACGCCUACAAGCUCGAGCAAAGAGGUUCCACCUACAGUAAGACGAUCAUCUGCUUUUAGAGGCGUCUCGAAACCUGAUAUGCCACCACCUCCUACACCUCAAAAUGAAACAUCAUUACACAAUUCUGUACAGGAUACACCAGGAUCUAUCGUAACUCUUGACAGUCCUAUGAGUGUUAGUGAAUAUUGGAAACAACACAGACCUGUUUCGAGAUCGCCAUCAUACUUUUCAAAUUUUGAUGAAACUGAAAAUCCUGAAAUUGCACGGAGAGAACGCGCACCGAAUGAUGCACGUUUUAGCGUAGGUGCGAGAUCUAGAUUUGGUUUUGCACUUGGUGAUGAAACUAACCAAUUCGACCAUGGAGAGUCUGAAUUGAUACACGAUCAAUCGCUCCAGUUUGAUAAUGAAUCAUUAAGAAGACAAUCAACUCAUGCUAAUAGUUUCUUAGAUACAUCCAACCGUGAUGAGAGGACUAUUGGUGACAUUGGAAACGAUAGUACAAGCUUUAGACAACCAAAUGUAAUCCUACCUGAUGUGGACGAAGAUAAUGAGAGGGAAAUUGAAGAAGAGGUUCUUAGAGAUGACCGUAAGUCGCAUACACCAUCCAGAGGAACUCCUAGAAGUGGAAGUGGGAGCAGUCUACGUGACACGGAAAGUCCUCAAACACGAAAAGAAUCACCGGGAACUCAUUCAGAGAGACAACCUAGUGAAUCUCUUGACAGUGCGAAUGAUAGUGUUAGCAGCAACAGAAGUAAGCGCAAGAGAGAUUCAUCUGAUAGCGUUGCCAACAGCUAUGAAAGCGAUCGCGGUAGAGGUAGUCAAGAUAGAUCACCUAUUACAAAUAACGAUGAUGAUCAAGAAGUAGAUAAUGGCCUUGCUGAUGCUGAUGUCGAAGAAGAUCUUAUAAAUAUGUUACCUGAUAAUGAAAUGAUUGAUACAGAAGUACAAGAAGGCGAUAAUGAUGAAGGUGCGUGGGAGAAAGAUGAGGCUAUGAGCGAAGGUCAGAAAGAGCCAGAUGAUUGGGAUAUACCCGAAACGGAGAAACCCACUGCAGAGGAAGAGGAAGAGGAAGAGGAUCCAAGGCAAGAACAAGAAAAAGAAGAGGAAGACCCAGAGCAAGAACAAGAGGAACAGGAAGUAGAGGAAGAGAUCAUUGAGAGACAACCAGAAGAUGCCCCUGAACAGGAAGAAGGAGAAGAGGAAGAGGCAAUCGAUCCAAAUUUGAGGGAACAAGGUCGUCAUUCGAAUAGUCCCGGUGAUCCACGUAAAUCUGGUGAUGUAGGUCCAGAUGACAGCGGUGACGGUAAUGAACCGCUGAGAAAGAGACCAAAGCCUGCACCAAAGAAAGAGAGAUUCGCUAGAGGUAGUUCACAACCACUUCCUAAUAUCAGUGCAGCCAGUAUGAAGCGCUUCAUGGAGCGUUUCAUGAACCAGCACCGGACUGGAGGCAAGAUUGUAGUUGAUCCUGGUGCUCAGGAGGUGAUGAUGGAUAACUGCUACAACUACCUCGAACUACUCUGCAAUCAAACUGAAACGAGAGCUAGACAAAAUGGUCGAAAUAAUGAGCUCCGGGCAUCUGAUAUGAUUGAGGUUUUAAGGGAUCAGGGUGUUAUUUCUGAUAGGGCACCAUUGCAGACGUUAGCCAGACGAUUACUCCCUGCUGAGCUCAUCAACGAAUAUGACCAAAUAUCCGGUGACUGGGGUGUCGAUGUUGGGAUUAUGAAAGGAAAAACAAGCAAUAAGCAACCGAAAUCAGCAUUAAAGAGACCAGCAGGUACUGAAGUUGAUGAAGAUAGUGAAGGAGAGGCUGAGGAAGCUGAGGAAGAUGAAGAGGCCGAGUAAAAGCCGAACAAGAAGCUGAACUAGGAUCAUAAUGGCGAAAGUGUAGAAUAUUGUACUAAUACUUCUGAUUGAUUAAUGUAUAGUUCUGAUCUAUCAUACAGGUAUUGGGAUAUCUAACGCAGGUUUAGCCGCGUAACAAGCCGUCUAGUUGCUUCUGCAUUCUUUCUAGCUCUUCAUCGUGAUUUUGUUCUUCUGCUUGUGGUUCUUCGAUCUCGGGAAGUUCUUUAUCAGCCAUUGAACCAAUUUGGUCGAGCUUUCCACCAGUUAUUUCCAUUAAAACCUUAUCAACUUCUUCGUCAGCCUCCUCGUUGAGACCCUCCUCUUCGUCAUGCGCGUCCAUUGUUUCUUGAAGCAUUUCGUCCAUGAUGCCAGCCUUCAUCAUUUCCUGUGACAUCUGUGACAUAGUGCUAGAUAACUGAGGAAGUUUAAUAAGUGAUGAAGAUAGUUUCAUAAUCUCUGUUGAUUUCUGUAAGCUACCAGUCACUUUCAUUGUCGACAACUGGGAUGAUAGCUGCAUCGAUAUAGAAUUGAGCGUGACCUUUGAAGAUAACAAACGCUCUUUUUGCUUAUUAGAGCGUGCAAUUUCCUUUGCUAAAAUACGGCAGGAUUUCCUAUCGUCUCUUUUUGCCAACUGCUUCAAAGAGGACUUUGUUUUGUUCGUUGCCUGAUCUAAUUGACGUAUCUCUCUAUCAAGUAAUCUAGACUCUUUGCGUAGAUUCGCUUGCCAUUUACGCACUCUUUCCUCUGGAGUUAGACCGAAUAUGAAAGUGUUUAGGGAUUUGAGCAUCGAUGUUGUUGUUCAAGAGAACAGCUAGUCAGUAUUUCAAAUGAAACUAAUAAAUAACAAAUAAAUAUCAUCAUACACUUAAUUUGUACCUUGAUCUACACCAGCCAUGUCAGCGAUAAGAUGUUGGAAGAGACUCAUAAGAUUCGUCGCUAAAGAAGACGGUCGUAUUUAUCUCGGUGAACCCCUUUCAGCCGAUAUCGACGUUGGCCUCUCUAAAAACAUACAAGCUGACAUACUCAACACUAAUUCUGCCCUCACUGCUACUCUCCGCACCGGGGAUAUCAAGACAGUCUCAAAGCUGCUUUCACCUCUUAGUUUCGAUGAAGUACCUACCAGUCGCUUUCUUGGCUUAAAUUACAGGGACCAUGCUGAAGAGUGCAAACUCAAAAUUCCAACUCAGCCUAUUUUGUUCUACAAACCAUCAACUGCCUUGGCUGGACCGGGGGACGCAAUACCAAUACCACGUGUAUGUCAACCAUCAGAUGAGCAUUUAGUCGACUAUGAGGCCGAAUUUAUUGCUGUAAUUGGACGUGCUGCAAAAAAUGUCAGUAAGAAAGACGCUUUGAACUAUAUCCUUGGUUAUUCAAUCGGUAAUGACGUUAGCACGAGAAAGCACCAAUUCGGUAGCUCACAAUGGGGAUUCUCCAAGUCAUUUGAUGGUAGUGCACCAUGGGGACCCGCACUUGUUAGUGCAGACGAGAUUACUGAUCCUCAAAAUAUCCCAAUCGGCACAAAGCUCAACGGAACCAUUAUGCAAAACAGUUCAACUUUAAAGCAAAUAUUCUCUUUAGCUGAGACAAUCGCCUUCUUAUCACAAGGAACUACACUUCUACCAGGAUCAUUAAUAUGGACAGGUACACCAAUGGGUGUCGGAUUCACUCGUAAUCCGCCUGCAUACUUAAAGCAUGGUGAUAAAGUUGAAAUAUUCUCUAACAAUCAAAUUGGGACGCUGGUGAAUAAUGUAGCUAACGAUGAAUAAAGUACAAGGUUGUUUUUCUUUUUUCUUUUUUACAAUUACAUAUUAUACUCUGGUGAUAUCCUCUCAUUGAGUUGAUUAUUGAGUGUGUUAGUAGAUGCUGAUGAACCGACGAUCUGUCUUAAGAAAUCAUCUAAUUGUGGUUUAGACGUAUGCUCAUGACCACAACCGAAGUUAUUGAAAUUAUUAGAAGUUUGAGCACUUUGGAAGAACCUGCGUUUCUUUUUAGAGAAAUUUUGUGUUCUAUUUCUACCAUUUAUUCUAUUACUACGAUUUUUGUAGGUAGAUUGAUAGUCAUCCUCUUCCAUUUCAGGUUCAUCAUAAAUAUUAUUAGCAGCUUUUGAUAUCCUCUCGUCGAGUUCAUCAUCUGAUUGAUCACUGUAAGGCCAUGGAUCAGAUGGUACCUCUCUUAUCUGUGCGGAUGGUGCGAAAGGUAAUUCUUUGAGGUGUUCAAACACCUUAGUUUGUAUAUCAUGAAGAUACUCUGGCGUGUUGUGAUUCUCCAUGUUAGUUUCAGGUACGUCAAGCUUAUAACGCGGGCCAUAAUAAUCAAGAUAAUCGUUGAAUGGGAGGUCUUCUUCGAGGUGUUUAUCAACUAGCAAUCCAGUUUCGUAAGUCCAUGUACGUGAAACGUUUCGCACUGCGUAUCCACCACCACCCAAGACAAUCAUCGGUAAGUUGAAAGCUUUAACGAAUUUGACACAGUCUGCGUGACCUUUCAUGGAGAGAUUAAAAACACCAAGUUUGUCACCAGCUAAACUGUCGGCGCCGCAUUGUAAAACAACAGCGCCCGGUCUAUACCAUUCCAUAAUGUGUUGUAUUGUAGGUCUGAAAACAGAGUGAUAACUCUCAUCAUCGAUACCAUCCCUCAAGGGGAAGUUAACAGAGUAAGAUUUGCCUUUAAACAUUCCAGUGUCAUCCGUACUACCCGUACCAGGAAAAUAAUCUGGGUAUUUGUGGAAAGAACAAGUGAGUACCCUGUCGGUAGUAUAGAAAGCCUCUUCAACGCCAUCGCCAUGAUGAAUAUCGAUAUCAAUAUAAAGAACCCUUUGAUGGUACCUCAAAAGUUCGAUAAUGGCGAGUACGAUAUCAUUGACGUAACAGAAACCGGAUGCUUCUCUCUUUUUAGCGUGAUGCAAACCGCCGGCCCAAUUAACAGAUAUGUCAGAUUCACCUGAAGUUAGUCUGUUUGCUGCUGCUAUACUUCCACCUGCAGAGAUGGAGCAGAAUUCGAAAAGUCCUUCGAAUGAUGGGCAAUCUUCUCCUGAGAGGAAAAUUUCGUGGUUUCUCGUUAGAUCUGCAGCUGUCUCUGGUGUGACGUGCUUUAAGAAAUCGAUGUACUCGUCUGUAUGAAAUCUAGUCAUCUCCUCAGGAGAAGCUCUAGGAGGUUUCAGUAUUUGCAUCUUCUUAUCUAAACCAUAAUUGAGUACUAGGUUAUGUACCAUUCUCAUUCUAUGGGGUUUCAUAGGGUGUCCAAAGCCAUAAGAGUAGUUGCCGACGUCAGAGUCAUAAUAGUAUGCGACUUUAGAUUUUAAUUUUUUAGAUUCUG